UGGAGCUGCAUCUGUUUGAAGAGAUGGCUACAGAGUGUGUCACCAAGGUGGAGCUUUCCAUUUCCUGUCAGAAUCUGAUUGAUAAGGAUGUUGGUUCUAAAUCUGAUCCGCUUUGCGUAUUGCUGCAAAACAUGGGAGGAGACAAGUGGGUUGAGCUGGAUCGAACAGAGAAAAUAAAGAAUUGCCAGGAUCCUGAAUUUUCUAAGAAGUUGCAUAUAGAUUAUUAUUUUGAGAAAGUACAAAAUUUGAAGUUUGGUAUUUAUGAUAUUGACAAUAAAUCUGUUGACCUUAGUGAUGAUGAUUACCUGGGAGGAUUUGAAUGCACCUUGGGACAGGUGGUUUCCAGCAGGAAACUAAUCAGGCCCCUGGAACUGAAGAAAGGAAAACCUGCAGGGAAAGGAAUGAUAACAAUUACUGCAGAAGAAAUUAAUGAUAACCGAUGUGUAGUACUCGAAGUGGAAGCUAGAAAUUUAGAUAAAAAGGAUCUCUUUGGUAAAUCUGAUCCAUUCCUGGAGUUUUUUAAACAAGGACAGGACGGUAAAUUGCAGCUGGCCUACAGAACUGAGGUGAUCAAAAACAAUCUUAAUCCUUGUUGGAAGCCUUUCUCUGUUUCACUUCAAACCUUCUGCAACAGUGACUUGAAUAAACCAAUCAAGGUCAAGUGCUAUGAUCAUGAUAGUGAUGGGUCACACGACCUGAUUGGAGUGUUUGACACUAGUAUGUCUGAAGUGCAGAAAGCAAGCCAAACCUCGCCGGUUGAAUAUGACUGUAUUCAUCCAGAAAAGAAACAAAAAAAGAAAAACUACAAAAACUCAGGGGUUGUGAAGAUCAAGUCUUGUAAGAUUGAAGCAGAGUACUCAUUCCUGGAUUAUAUCAUGGGAGGCUGCCAGAUAAAUUUUACAGUUGGCAUUGACUUUACUGGGUCUAAUGGAGAUCCUCGGUCCCCUGAUUCUCUUCAUUACAUGAGCCCCAAUGGGCUGAACCAAUAUCUUUCAGCCAUCUGGUCUGUGGGGCAGGUGAUUCAAGAUUAUGACACAGAUAAGCUGUUUCCUGCAUUUGGCUUUGGAGCACAGGUGCCACCAAACUUUCAGGUGUCUCAUGAGUUUGCACUCAACUUUAACUCCAACAAUCCUUAUUGUCAAGGUAUUCAAGGCAUUGUUGAAGCCUACCGAAUGGCACUGCCCCAAGUCAAACUGUAUGGACCGACCAAUUUUUCUCCUAUUAUCAACCAUGUGGGAAGAUUUGCAUCUUCAGCUGCUCAACAAGGCAAUGCAUCUCAAUACUUUGUGCUUCUGAUAAUUACUGAUGGUGAAAUCACUGAUCUGGACCAAACAAGGCAAUCAAUUGUCAACUGCUCCAGGCUGCCAAUGUCAAUCAUCAUUAUUGGUGUUGGCCAGGCGGACUUUAAGGCAAUGGAGUUCCUAGAUGGUGAUAAUGGAGUACUAAAAUCUCUAACCGGAGAGGCUGCAGCCAGAGACAUAGUGCAGUUUGUACCAUUUAGGAAUUUUGAGAAUGCACCUAAAGAAGCACUGGCGCAGAGUGUCUUGGCAGAGGUCCCUAAGCAGUUGGUUUCCUACUUCAAGAUGUUGAAUCUGCCUCCAGUUCAGCCUCCAAAGCAGCAGCCAAAAGCACUGUGAAGCUGACAGGAAAAAAAAAUGCAUGACAUGGAUCAAAGCACUCAUUCCAUAACAUGUUAAUAGCUUGAUAGAUUACUUCAUUUUUUCUAUGUUAAUUUUGUAUUAAAUUAGGGAACAUAGUUUUUGUAUAUGUAACAAAAAAAGCCUGUAAAGUCUGUCAAGCAUGUUAUCUGAGCGUUAUGCUAAUCAUUUUUCUAUCUUUCAAUAUCACUAUCAUGUAGUGUUGAGUGGAGGGCACUUUUGAGAAUAGUUUUUGAUAUUUGGUAAUAUGAAUGCCUAAUUCACUCAAAAUGGCUGUCUCUAAUUAUGCAACAACCCAAAGAAAUAAUGAAAAAAUUAAGAAAUUACUACUAAGCAGAAUUUUGGCAGAUGGGAGCUAGGUAACUGUUUUAUGCAUUAUAAAAUGUGCACAGAUUUAAUCAAUUUGAUGAUGGGCUGUUAAAGUCUAAUGCACUUGUUUAAAAAAAAAAAAAAAAAACGGAAAGCACCAUCAUGCAUGAUACUGAUGCAAAGCACUUUAAUUACAUACAGAUACAACUGCACCUUAAGAUGCAUAAAUAUUCUUGUUAAGUGCUCUUAUAAUGGUAAAGAAAAACAACUAUGCCUGCAACAAUCUUAACUGCAACCCCUUAAAUGUUUUAUUUGUUGCCAAAUAUAUUUUCUUACAUCAAAACACUGAAUAUCUCCCUGCGGCAGUAUCAUGCACAUUAAAAUCACUUGUAGUAAACAAGCAUUAUCUUGCAUACUUUUCUUGGUGGAUAUACAUCUGGUAUUUCUACUUGUAUAUUUCACCUGAACUUUCCAAAGAGAUGCUAAUUUCUAUUUUGUUCGUGAAUUAUAAGAUAGCUUCCACUUAAAUGAAGACAGCAACUGCCUUACAUGUUUAAAAGAAGUAUUACAUUUAUUGUUAACCUUUUGGUUUCUUUAUAAAGUUGAGGAUAGUACAGUUUUUCUCAUUAUGACCUGUGGCCAAAAUAUUAAAAGUGAGUGACUGGAAAUAUUGCAUAAGUGUUGUUUUCCUAUAUUAAAUGCCAUCACAUGUUGGUUUCAUUGUGGCAGCAUGAUCCCAUCAUUAUCAUUAAUGGUAAUGUUAUCUAAAUACAAAUAUUUACUAAAA